AUGGCUCCAAAGAAGUCCAAGGUUACUACGAAGCCCAAGGAGGCACUGUAUAAGUUCCCUGAGAGCUAUUACAACUUACCAAAGCUGUUGGCAAAACUGUUUUUCAAGCCAGGGCCCGAAUCGAUUAUAUCGGAUCAAAUCAUCACCAUUAACAAUUUUUUCACUUCGGAGUUUUGUAAUGAACUAAUCAAGUCGUUUGUUGGGUCUUUAACGUUGGAAACGACCCCGCUUAUCAAGUCUAAGGAUUAUGCUGCACGGUUUAAUGACCGUAUAUCUUUGAAUGAUAUCGAGGCGUCCAAGGUGCUAUGGACGUAUUUGAAAGACAUCUUAUUACAGGACCCUGGGUAUCAGGAUGAAGAAUUGGAUGAAAUCAAAUCUAUUUUCCAAGACGCCCAUGGCUUGAAUCCUCAAUUGAGAAUCUAUAGGUAUAGGAAAGGACAUCAUUUUGGUAAACAUUAUGAUGAUUCGGUAGUUUGUGAGGGUUUCAACAAGGAUACUCCGAAAGUUACAACCAAAUGGACUUUGUUGAUCUAUUUGACCGGAGACGAUGAAUUUAAAGGUGGUGAUACGAUCUUCUAUCCUGAAUUUGAACGCAAUGCCAAACCCGUGAGUAUCCAUCCAACGAAAGGUAUGGCAUUGCUACAUAAACAUGGAGAUGAUUGUUUGAAACACGAAGCUCAAUUGGUAAGCGAAGGUGAAAAAUGGGUACUUCGAAGUGAUGUUUCUUAUGCAUUUUAA